GAAAACGAGAGCCAAUCAGAAAAACAAUUGAAAUUUCUCGUCGUCUCCCUCCUCUCGUUGAAUAAUAAAAAAACAAAAACAAAAAAGACACAACCAACAAGUCCCGGUUCUGUUUCUCUAGGAUAUCUUCCCAUGUUCGUCUCGUCGUCGUAUUGAUAAGAUCUUCAUUCGUUCAGAUUCAUUUGAAGUCGGUCGCCUCGUUGACUCAUAUAAAACGUAAGAGAGGAGAGAAAUAAGACUACAGACUCUGACUCGAGACUCGAGACUCGAGAGAGAUCCUCUUCUCGGCCAUGCGACGCUGCUUCGCCGCUAAAUCCCUCUCCACAGAGGAAAUAACACCAUUUUUGUCUCAAGUAUUAUUCUUCCCGCGUUUCCAUAAGGCUCUUCCUCUUCCUCUUAUUAUUAUUCGUUCAGAUCCAAGAGAUGUCCGCUAAUUCUCAUCCUCCCAAUUCCACUAAUGUCCUCUGUAAUGCCGCCGCCGGUGCCGCCGCUGGGGUAAUUGCGGCAACGUUUGUGUGUCCACUUGAUGUAAUAAAAACGAGGUUUCAGGUUCAUGGCCUACCAAACCUUUCUCAUCCCAACAUCAAAGGUAGAAGUAUAAUUGUUGGGAGUCUUGAGCAGAUCUUCAAGCAAGAAGGCAUGCGUGGCUUAUACCGUGGUCUUUCCCCUACCGUCAUGGCUCUCCUCUCCAAUUGGGCGGUUUAUUUCACAAUGUAUGACCAGCUCAAGAGCUUUUUAAUCUCAAAUGAUAAGGAUCACAAAUUCAGCGUUGGUGCUAAUGUAAUGGCUGCCUCUGGUGCUGGGGCUGCUACUACAAUUGCCACUAAUCCUCUUUGGGUUGUCAAGACUAGGCUCCAGACACAAGGAAUGAGAGUGGGUGUAGUGCCAUACAAGAGUACAUUCUCUGCUUUAAGGAGAAUUGCUUACGAGGAGGGAAUCCGCGGAUUGUACAGUGGUCUUGUCCCUGCACUAGCUGGUAUCAGUCACGUUGCCAUUCAGUUUCCUACUUAUGAGAUGGUCAAAACCUACUUGGCCAACAAAGGUGAUAAAUCGAUCGAUGAUCUCAAUGCUCGUGAUGUAGCAAUUGCCUCUUCAAUUGCAAAGAUAUUUGCUUCCACACUAACUUACCCCCACGAGGUUGUACGAGCAAGGCUUCAAGAGCAAGGACACCACAGUGAGAAACGUUACUCGGGGGUAAGAGAUUGCAUAAAGAAAGUGUUUGAGAAAGAUGGUGUCCGGGGAUUUUACAGAGGAUGUGCGACAAAUCUCCUGAGAACAACGCCUGCUGCAGCUAUUACAUUCACUAGCUUCGAAAUGGUUCAUCGUUUCCUGGUCACUCACUUACCUUCAUAGCAAAGCUCUAUACUCUUAGAUUUGUUUGCUUUUUUGAUGAUGAUGAUGAUGACGACUAAAUGUGUGGUUUAGUGAGGUAAAACAGGUUUAUUUUACACAACUAAAAAAGUUUAUUUACUCCCUCCCUUUUGGGGGACACAGAUCAAAAUAGGAUAUCGUUUUUGGACAAAGCUCUUGGAUUUCAGCUCACAUGUUUUUUUUUUUUUUAAUGUUUCUGUUGAAGAAAUCAGGAGAUGCAUUGUUGUAAAAGACUGAUUCUUUUAUCUCUCUCUUUUUCUUUUUUUUUCACCUUUUUAUGAAAGAGAGAGUUUGUAGUCUUCUCUCAGUUGCCAUGGAUGGUUGUCAAGCUAGGCUUCAUAUUACUCCUGGCUUGUGAUAUAAACCCACAUUUAACUAGACAGUUU